AAUGAAAUUAUUAAUUUCUGUCUUCAUUGGCUUUUUGGCCAUUUCUAUAUCCUUACAAGAUGAUGUAGCAACACCAGCUGCGGAGUUUCCUGAUUUCUGUAGCAAUCCAAGUCUUAACAAGAACGCAAAAGUAAAAGCUUGCUGUAUGGCAGUUACAGAGGCAGCAAAUGCUGGAACAUAUAAAGGUGCGGAUGGACCAGUACCGGAUAAAUGUACUCUAAGAAGUUGUGGACGUAAGUUGUGGACGUGUUUGCAAUCGCUUUUUCAACCAAAAAGGAAAUGAUGUGACAGAGAUGCCAGAAAGCACAACAACCGAAAGUGAGUCUUCAGAAGAAUGUGAAUGUGGAGAUUCAGAGGAUGAAACUACAACAGAAGCUCCACCAACUCCACGAAACCCAUACCCAUCUGGACCAGAACCAUCCACACCAG